GAACGCGCGCAUGCGCAAAACGCAUCUGCAGGCUAAUGGCGCGUCUAUGAACAUGUUGCUAACCGGACAUCUCCGGCGACAAUCACAAAUGGCGUCAUUCAAAACAUACUGCCGCUGGUAUUAAUGUGUCUUUUGGUGUAGGGUAGCAUAAGUGACGCCGAGCUAAGCUAUGGCUCACUUGAGCAAUUUCGAGAGAGAAACAGAGAAGGAGACGAAGGAGCUGAUCAGGUGUGUGAGUGGUCUUCAAGAUGAGGAGGAAAACAACUUCCAGAUGGCUCUCAAAUUCGCUUGGUCCAAUUUCAGGUUCCAUCGUUUCCUGGAUGUGGACAGUCACAAAGUGCAGCGUAGCAUCAGUGGAAUUUACGAAAAACUCACGGUCCACUCGGAAGUGAGUAAGGCUGAAAGCUGGAUGAGGUUGACCGCCGAGUUCCUCGACUCGCCCUUACCUAGCGUCAAUGAAACAAAGACUGACGUACACUUCAGUAUAUUAUCGCUGUUACUACUCUUAUCGGACUCCCCCUCUAACACUAAUUAUACAGAGAGACCUCGGCUGAAGGAGGCUGAACCAAAGGACAACUUCGAUUGGGCGAAAUACCUCCUGGAGGGUGAGGACAUAGACAACGGGCCAUACCUUGAUACUCCCGAGUGGUCUGAGGAGGAGAGCGACGGCGAGGACAGCUGUCAGCCAAUCAGCAGGGAGGACUCCGGGAUUCAGUUGGACAAAACCCCACAAGAGGACAAAGACCAAGGCAGCAAGACGGUUUCGAUCCCGUGGACAGUGGGUGAACCCGAUGCUCGAGCCUGGCUGGAGCAACACGUAGUGACCCCCUACUGGGUGCCGCACGCCCCCCGAUUCGCCCACAGCCUCCAUUUACACUCCAACUUGCUCAAUGUCUGGGACCAGCACUUGUACAACACGGAUCCGCUGUAUCUGCCCGAAGAAAAAGCUUUUGUUACAGAGACCCAAGUCAUCCGGGAAACUCUGUGGCUUCUGUCUGGGGUUAAGAAACACUUCAUAUUCCAGCAUCACGAUGGGAAAGUGUCAGUUAGGAAUAACGUGGUGGUCACUCAUCUUACCAGUAAUUGCCUUCGGUCCGUGCUGGAGCACGUGGCCGCGUACGGCCAGGCGGUUUCCCGGCUGCAGAGGUUCAUCGACGAGGUGACAGGUCACUGCCCCGAGGCUGGUCCGCCCGGCGCUAAGAGGGGCUCCGAGCCUCCGUUCAGGACCUACCAGGCCUUUGUGUGGGCCCUCAAUAAAUACUUCACCAGCUUCAAGGAGGAGCUGGUUGCCAUCGAGCGAGGCCUGGUCUGCAAAGAUGAGACGGUGACGCUGUCCGGCGUGCUGGAACGUCUCAACCCGCAGCUGGCGCAGAUCAAAGUGCUCCACAAGGUCUUUUGCACCGGCAUUGCUGAGGUGCCCCCCGAGACCCCCAAUGUGGUUCGCGCGUCCCACCUACUCAACACGCUCUACAAGGCCAUCAUUGAGUACGACAGCGUCGGGGAAGCUUCCGAGCAAACGGUGGCUUUACUGUUUUCACUCUGGACUGAAACCGUGCGACCAUAUUUGGAGAUCGUGGACGAAUGGAUUGUCCACGGACACUUGUUCGAUCCCGCCAAAGAGUUCAUCAUCCAAAGGAACAAGGACGUGGCGGUGAACCACAGGGACUUCUGGCACGCCACCUACACGCUGUACAGCAUCUCCGAGACGGUGGAGAGCGAGAUGAGCGACGCGGCCAGCGGCAGUUCGGGAGGGGACGGCGGAGGAGGAAACCGGCAGCUAACCAUGGUGUCCUUCCUUAAGCCCGUCCUCAAGCAGAUCAUCAUGGCUGGAAAGUCCAUGCAGCUCCUCAAGAACCUGGACCGCAAAGAAGAUGCUCAGCAGUCCUCCAGAGAUGCUGAGCGCAAGAGUUUAUACACGCUGUUCCUGGAGUCGGUGCAGUCGCGUCUCCGCAGCCAGGACGCGUCCCCCUCUGGCGCCGUGACCGAGCAACAGGCCACCAGGAAGAGCCUGAUCCGGAUGCAGUCGGUCAUCACGCAGCAUCUCCAGAUUGAAGAUCUUCAUGACCCACUGCUGGCUAUCAACUUUGCCAGGCUCUACUUGGAGCAGAGCGACUUCCACGAGUGCUUCUCUCGGGACGACUUCACUGUGGACCGCUCGUCGCAGUCGGUCACCUGCCAGACUUUCGAGCUCACGCUGCGCUCCUGCCUCUACCCGCACAUCCAACGGCGCUACGUCGAGUGCUGCGGCAACCUCAUGACGACCCUGAAGAAAGACUACAAGCUGCUGGAGUACCUUCAGGCCAUGAGGAAUUACUUCCUGCUAGAGGCCGGCGACACCAUGUACGACUUCUACACGGCCAUCUUUGACAAGGUACGAGAGAAGGAGAGCUGGCAGCAGCCAGCUUUCCUCAACGGCCAGCUGCAGGAAGCCGUCAGACAGCGCCGCCCGGAGGACAGUAGCAGAUUGUCAAUCUUCUUAGAGACAAUUGAUCCUGGCCGGAAGAAACACCCGGUCAAUAAUCUUGAAGUGCUGACCCUCAGUUACAAGGUUCCGUGGCCUGUUGACAUUGUGAUCAGCUCCGAGUGCCAAAAGAUUUACAAUCAAGUAUUCCUGCUGUUGCUUCAGAUCAAAUGGGCCAAGUACAGCUUGGACACGCUUCGAUUCAGCGAGUUUGCAGACUUCACAAUGAAACUGGAGGUGGCGCCGGCCGACGAUGCCAAAGCGAAAGAACGACCGCCGGUCAGGCAGCAGAUCCACCGCAUGUGUUUGCUGCGUGUCAAACUGAUGCAUUUUGUCAACAGUCUUCACAACUACAUCAUGACCAGGAUUCUGCACAGCACUGGACUGGAGUUCCAGCACCAAGUGCAGGAAGCAAAGGACUUGGAUCAGCUGAUCAAGAUCCAUUACAAAUACUUGGCGACCAUUCAUGACCGUUGCUUGUUGAGGGAGAAGGUGAGUUUUGUUAAGGAAGCCAUCAUGAAGGUUCUCAACCUGGUCCUCAUCUUCUCAGACCGAUGGCAAGCCGGAUUUGGAGCUUGGAAGAUCGAGUCCAUUGCUAAAAUGGAGUCUGAUUUCAAAAACUGUCACAUGUUCCUGGUGACCAUCCUCAACAAGGCGGUGUGUCGUGGCUCUUUCCCUCAUUUGGAGUCGCUCGCCCUCUCGUUGAUGGCGGGCUUCGAGCAAUGCUGACGGGGCGGCCGCAGACUAACAAAGAGUUUUAUGAGCACUAUAAAUGGUGUGAUUGCAAAAAAAGCAAGACUUAAUGUAUUUUGACCUGUUAUCAAGGUGACUGUUAAUAAUGUGUUGCUGUUUGAAGCACAGUAAAUCCUACUUCAUUUUGAA